AGUAGGAACAAAUCAACACAUUUCCAAUCCUCUCAUGGCCUGCUGCAAACACAACAGAUACCACUCUGACGACGAGGAAACCGACACAGGGGAUGAUUAUGAUGACAUAUCCAGCUUGGGAAAGGAUAGUGAAGAUGAUGAUGAUGAAGAUAAUAAGGAUACCGAGGAUGAGGAUUCAGGCAAUGAGGAUUAUAAGGAUACUGAGGAAGAGGAUUCGGACGAUGAUGAUUAUAAGGAUACUGAAGAUGAUGAAGAUUAUUCAGAUUCGGACGAAGAAGAUAGGAAGAAGAAGAUAAUAAGGUCAGUUAGGAGGGGGAUUCAGAAGAAGAAGAUUAUGAGGUUUCUGAGGAAGAAGAUUAUAAGGAAGCUAAGUAAGAAGAUUCGGACGACGAAGAAGAUUGGGGUGAAGAAGAUUAUGAGGAUAUGGAGGAAGGGGGUUAUGAGGAAAUAGAGGAAGAGAAUUAUGAUGAUGAUUAUGAGAACUGUGAGGAUACAAAGGAUUGAAGUAGAUUAUGAUGAGACUAAGGAAUAGAAUGAUGAAAAGAAAUAAUUUAACUAAAAAUUUAGUGACCAAAAAUGGUA